CCUGCCACACCUCUUAAGAUAUCUCACCCUUGGAAACAUACUGAUCUAACUAAUUAACAUUUCUGGCUCCUUUUGCAAGUGCUGCUGGUAGCAAAAUCUCUGCAGAGAGAGAAGUUGAACAAGCCUCAGCAGUUUUUGGAUCUGUCACAGGAUGGCUGGGUUACUACGCAGAGCCGAGAGGAGUCCCUUUAAACUGCUGCUUAGUAUGGCUUCAUUGAGUGUGGUCUAUUGCUAUAAUAUCGAUUUGGAUCACCCUAUUAUAUUCCAUGGUCCCAAUGGCUCAUUUUUUGGAUAUUCUGUUCUGGAGCAUUCCCAUGAUGAUACACGAUGGGUAUUGGUUGGUGCUCCAAAAGCAGAUUCAAAGUUUAGUUCAUCUAUAAAAUCCCCUGGAUCUAUUUAUAAAUGCCGUGUCCACAGUAAUCCAGACAGAAGAUGCACUGAGCUGAACAUAGGGAGAGAAAACCACCGAGGGACACCCUGUGGAAAGACAUGCAAAGAGGACCGAGAUGAAGAGUGGAUGGGGGUUAGCUUGGCUAGACAGAACAAAGCUGAUGGCAGUGUGCUGGCAUGUGCACAUCGCUGGAAAAAUAUAUACUAUGAAUCCGAGUACAUACUUCCACAUGGGUUCUGUUCCAUCCUCCCACCCAACCUGCAGGCAAAUGGGAAAAGGUUAAUCCCAUGUUAUGAAGAAUAUAAAAAGAAAUAUGGAGAAGAACAUGGCUCCUGCCAAGCUGGAAUUGCAGGAUCCUUUAUGGAGGAGCUGGUUGUAAUGGGAGCACCUGGGUCAUAUUACUGGAUGGGCACGGUUAAAGUUUUAAAUCUCACUGACAACACAUACUUCAAACUAAAUGAUCAAGCUGUCAACGCCAGACACUAUACAUAUCUAGGAUAUGCUGUUACAGCUGGUCAUUUCGCUCAUCCAACAAGCAUGGACGUGGUUGGUGGAGCACCCCAAGAUAAUGGAAUCGGAAAGGUUUAUAUCUUCAGAACGGACCGGAGGUCAGGAUCACUUAUUAGAAUUUUUCAAGCACCCGGAAAAAAGAUGGGCUCUUACUUUGGCUCCUCCUUAUGUGCAGUUGAUCUGAAUGCUGAUGGACUCUCGGACCUUUUGGUUGGGGCACCCAUGUUCUCCGAAGUAAGGGAUGAAGGACAAGUCACAGUGUACAUGAACAGUGGAAAUGGAGUGCUGGACGAGAGGAUCACUUUAAAUGGUGACAGUGCAUACAAUGCGCACUUCGGAGAGAGCAUAACCAACCUUGGAGAUAUUGAUGAUGAUGGAUACCCAGAUGUUGCCAUUGGAGCCCCAAUGGAAGAUGACUAUUCAGGAGCAGUUUACAUCUAUCAUGGUGAUGCAGAUGGAAUUGUGCCACAAUAUUCAAUGAGGCUUUCUGGACGAAGCAUAGAUCCGGUAUUGAGGAUGUUUGGACAUUCAAUUUCUGGAGGUGUUGAUAUGGAUAAAAAUGGGUAUCAUGAUUUAACCAUUGGGGCCUUCAUGUCAGAUAGCGUGGUGCUGCUAAGAACAAGACCAGUUAUUAGUGUUGAUGUAUCAAUACUUCUGCCAGCCUCCAUCAAUAUCACCGCUCCACAAUGUCACGACGGUACCCAACAAGUGAAUUGCGUCAAUAUCAGUGUAUGCUUUCGUUUUCAUGGGAAACAUGUUCCUGGGGAAAUAGGCUUGAUGUACAGUCUGAUCGCUGAUAUUGCAAAGAAGGAAAAGGGACAGCAACCUAGAGUGUUUUUAGUGUCAUCAGGAGAAACUGUUGCUCAAAUUAGUGAAAAGAUUCGGCUCUCCCACUUAGAAGAGAAAUGUGAACAGUAUCUUGCAUAUGUCAAGCGAAGAGUAAAAGAUGUGAUAUCUCCUAUUGUUUUUGAAACAUCCUACAGUCUUGAGGAACAUAUUGUUGGGAAUGAGGAAAAAGAAUUACCUGCCCUUAAACCUAUACUUCGCUGGAAAAAAGGACAGAAGAUAGCACAAAGAAAUCAGACAUUCUUUGAGAGGAAUUGUCGGUCUGAUGAUUGCGCUGCAGAUUUAAACGUAAAGGGCAAACUUCUAAUAUCAAGUUUUGAUGACAAAACCAAAUAUCUGGCAUUAGGAGCUGUAAAGAAUAUUUCCCUUAACAUUUCUCUCACAAACAAUGGCGAUGAUGCUUAUGAUACCAACGUGUUCUUCAAUUUUUCGAAAGAAUUGUUUUUUAUCAAAAUGUGGCAAGAGGAGGAACAGGGCAUUUCAUGUGAGACAAUUGAAGAUGAUUGUCUGAAGUGCAGUGUGGGAUUUCCAUUUAUGAGGUCCAAAACUAAGUAUGCUUUUAGUGUGAUAUUUGAUACUACCCCUUUGUCUGGAGAAGAUGAUGUCCUUCAGUUCCUGGUCACUGCACAAAGCGGAAAUAUUGAGCGAGCUGAAUCUUUGCACGAUAACACCCUAAAUCUGACUGUGAGUCUGAUGCAUGAAGUGGACACAUCAAUUACAGGAGUUGUCUCUCCUUCCUCUUUUGUUUAUGGGGAAUCAGUAGAUGCAUCGCAGUUUAUUCGGCUUGAUGAUCUAGAAUGCCUCUUCCAGCCUUUGAACUUCACUUUUCAGGUUUACAAUUCUGGACCAAGCACAUUGCCUGGAUCAUUCGUUAAUAUCUGGUUUCCAAAUACUCUUCCAUCCAAUGGAGCUGAAAUAUUCCAUAUACAAGAUGUUGUGGUUGAACAGGAUAAAGGUCAUUGUUCUUUCCAGAAAAAUCUUGUACCAUGUGUUAUUCCUCAGGAAAAGGAGAAUAUAUUUCAUACAAUAUUUGGUUUCUUUACGAAAUCAGGCAGGAAAGUAUUGAAAUGUGAGGAUAAACCAGACAGAAGCUGUUUAAUGCUAAAUUGUAACCUAAACUCAUUAACGAAAGAAGAGACUCGAACCAUAGAUGUAACUAUGCUACUGAAUACUGAAAUACUGAAAAAGGACAGCUCAUCUGUGAUUCAGUUUGUCACAAGAGCAGUGGUGAAAGCCGAUAAAAGUUUUCGAACGAUAGAAGUGCUGCAUGGGAAUUCAGAAGAUGCAAAAGUGGUUUUUGAAGCCUUGCACAAUCUGGAACCUAGAGGUUAUGUUGUUGGAUGGAUCAUUGCAAUCAGUUUGCUUGUUGGAAUCCUCAUCUUUUUAUUGUUGGCAGUAUUGCUAUGGAAGAUGGGCUUCUUCCGUAGAAGGUAUAAAGAGAUCAUUGAAGCAGAAAAGAACCGGAAAGAGUAUGAAGAAAGUUGGGACUGGGUCCAGAAAAACCAGUGAGCUGAAAACACAAGUCCAGUCACGUGACACACAUUUGCUAGCUAAUUGGCUCUGCUCUUGUAUCUUCCAUAUGUGGAAGAAAAAAAAUCUUCUCCAGAUUUUCUGGAGGCCCAUUGAUGCUGUUUAUUACUUUAUCAAGCUAACUAGCAGAGGAAAGUGUGUCCUGAGGCAACCACUGAAGCUAUGGAGAGUGGCUGGAGUAAAAUAUUCAUUCUGCCAAGAUAAACUUUGCUAAUCAAGCUGCAAUGAAUAGCAAUAUUUAUGAACCCAACAUCAUUAUGUGGCAUAUCUUCAGGGGCAAGCUGUUAACUGAAAUAGUUUUUUUUUUUUUUUUUUUAAAUAUACAACUUUUAUACAGAUUUUGUCUUUAUAUUUGUUGAUGUUAUGUAAUGAAUACCUGUACAGUUCUCUAAAGCACUGACACCUACCUGCAUCUAUGUAAAAGAUCUGUGUACAUGUGUGUACACAUGCAUGUGUUUGUAUGACUAUGCAUAUAUGUACAAAAAACAUAUACCACACAUGCACAAAUGUAUGAGUUUUUAUGUAUAUACAUAUUUAGUGUUGACUUCUUACUGCCAUUCAGUGAUACGCAAACAUUCGUCUCCCAAGACUUCAA